UUUAAGGUUGAUGCCGAGAUGGUUCAGGAAUUUUGCAAGAAAAUUCAAGUAUCUUCAGUCCCUGUGGUCCUGUUUUUCCUGGUAUGUUCACAAAUAAAUUACCAUUGCCGAAGUAUGGGAACUUGGGUUUUUUGCGACGCUAAUAACAAGGUAGUGGGUCAAGUCCGUGGAGCGAAUGCGGCCGAACUAACCAAAAUGAUCGCUUCCCUUCGUGGGAAACAAACUGCCUCGUCAGACUUGAAUGAGAGAAUCAAGGCUUUAAUCCAUAAGGCGCCAAUCAUGCUAUUCAUGAAGGGUAAUCCUAAUGAGGCCCGUUGUGGAUUUAGUCGAAAAAUGCUUGAAAUCCUCCGCAAAAAUAACAUCGAAUUCGACUUCUUCGACAUCCUCUCCGACGAUUCCAUUCGUGAAGGUAGUGAAAUGGCUGUCAAUUCGUGCGUGCUUUUUUACCUGGUUUAUCUAAACAUUUCUGUGGGAAUUAAGGAGUAUUUGAGUGAGCGGGAGGUAAUUGAUUUUGAGUACCAUUCUUCUAUAUCUUUUGGAUCCGUAAUCCGAAUUCGGAAAAAAAUAACUAAAGGUUCUGAGCGAUCGCGUUACAUUCUAAAUUGCUUAGUUGGGAACAUGAAAUCCAUAAUCAGAUGCCUUUCCAUUAUUGUAGGUCUUAAGGUCUACUCCGAUUGGCCCACCUAUCCGCAGUUGUACGCAAAUGGCGAAUUAAUUGGAGGAGUGGACAUCGUACGGCAACUAGCUGAAAACAAUGAACUGAGGUCGGCCCUUGGUCUCUAA